UAUUGAAUUUUGUUUGACUAAAAAUUAUUUAAUACAAAAAAUAGUAAAAAUUGAUAGCAAAAAAGAAACUGACCAUUAUUGUGAGUAUUUUGUCUUUUAUCAUCCAGGUAGAUUGACCGAGAACAUCAUCUAUUGUAAGGACACGUGUUCCAAAACAUUUCUGUGCGGGGUGUAUAUUUUAUUGUUAACGUCGGGGGGUAUCGAAACAACCAAUCGGCCGAAUAAAGUGUUUCCCAAAAUCAUUGAAAAUAAUACAAGAAUUCUGUAUUUUACAUAGUAAAUGUCCAAAAUAUUUUAGUAAUCCAUGACUUAAAAUGUUACCACCACCAAAAAAUUCUUAAAAUCCAGAAGUGUGGCCCCGAUAGUGUCAAUAGCUGGCCACUAUUUUAAACAGUAUACUUUGUCCUUUGUACGCGUACGGUUUUCGUCCUUACAUUUCUUCCUAUUUUCAAUUUUAUUAAAUUAAAGUUUAUUAUGGAGCACGAUCAUGGUAUGUAUACAUAUUAUAAAUUUACAGUUAAUAUGCGUAUUAUUUAAUUAUUCGAUUAACUUAGUAUUUAAUGAUUAUUUAUUUAAGAAAAUUGCACUGAACCCGUCCAACCUAACCGUAAUAAUUUUAUGGAGACUGAACCGCAAAUAUUUUUGCCCGAUGCGCAAGCAGGACCGUCAAACCAGUACCAAAAUGUACCUGUUCUAAUUAACGGACAAGACGUUAUGUUAAACAGUGUUUGGAAUUACGACGAUGAUAAUAUGAGCGUAGAUGUAUCGGAACCUGUGAAAAAUGAUGAGCUAUGCAAUGUACAAGAUCGUUGCGCUGUAGAUAGAAAUAAUGUUUGCGUUGAAAGGACUAACACUGCUGGAGAUAUCAAAAGAGCGCGUUUGGGUUUAGUAAAAAAACAAAGAUUCGUCAAAACCAGUUCGACCUUCAAUGGAUUGUUCACUAACUACUUUGCAAAAAACACUGAUAAUAUUCAAGACUUCAGUGUAUUAUUAAAGGCAAUCAAGUCUGAUUUAAUCAAAAUAUUAAAACUAUCGGUAGAAGAAAUUUGGAUUCAAUUCUGUAUAGAAGUAGAAGUGAUGUUUUAUGAAUCUAACGACAAAGACAAAUACCAAAUUAGAGCACUUAAAACAUCAACCAGACGGAUUGUUCUACCGUGUUAUGUAAACAAAGAGGUAAAACUUUCGUUUUCCAAAUUGAUGGAACAAAAGAUAUCAUACUCGAAGAAGUCAAGUAUUUUUCAUAUUUACGGAACUGUAUUAAAGAUAUUUAGUACAUGGCCGAUAUGUAGACCACAGACCCCACUCCUCGAACGUACGAUUGAUGAUUAUAUACUCGAGGACUUAAGUAACGAAGAGAAUGAUGAUGAUGAUGAUUUUAAUGAUUUUUUUUUUAAAUGAUAGUUAACAAAAUAACGACGAUCAAAAUUGUAAUUCUGUAAAUAAGUACAUUUUUUUUAAACUGACUCAUCUUUAUCACUAUUCUCACUAAAAUCAUCCAGAGUAAAAACGAUACGACAAAUUCUUAAAAGUCCGUUAAGCCGUCGUGUCACUUAAUUGAGUAGAAAGGUGAAAUAUCAGUAUAAUAAUAUGAUAAUUUUCACCGAUCAUUAGAGACACACAUACGUAUAAUAAUAAUUAAUUUUUAUAAUCGUAAAUUUUCAUUCGACAUUUGGUCGACAUUAGACCUAUUUCACACGGAUGCGUAUCAUAUAUUUACUCGUGAUUUUCAUACGUGAGCGUUUCAGUCGUUAGCGGCUUAUAUAGUAGACACUAAACAGUAGCGUGUAUUAACUUAACUAUAAUAUAAAUUAUAUCGUGUGUUUACGAAACGCGUCCACGUGAAAUGUGCCUUAAUCAUUUCAACUGUGUGAGUUCAACUCAAACAGUCACUUUAUAAUUUAUGUGAUAAAUAAAUAUAAUUAAUACUUGUGUAAGGUUCAAUAAUACUAAUUAAUCAGUUAGGUAAUGCAUGUUUGUUUAUUUGUUUUUUUUUUAUGUUAACUCAAAUUAGUUUGUCAA